ACGUCAUUGAAUUUGAACCAAGCACCCGAGCUAAUCACAAGCUACGGAUGUCAACAACCAAGGUCGAUAAAACAUCAGGCUCAAAACACCAAGGCGUUCAAUUAUACCCAGACGACAUCCUAGAAACCACAUGUAGACACGAUAAGCAUAGGUUACCAACUGCUGUCACGUCACAACAGCGAGUUGCUUGCCAACAACGGAAGCUUCGCCGGCUGUCUCAGCUGCCCAGCAGCUUCAGCACCUCUGUCCAUCCGAGCAGCGUCCCAAUUUCCUUCCUUCACGAUGGCUUCUUCGGGCACCUCAUCUUCUGCAGAUCCGCAAAGUUCGUCAGAACGCACGCCUCUUCUGCACGAUCCAGAACGCCCCAAGCCCGCGCGCACCGUAACCUUCCACCCCAACCCCGUCACGAAGACCAUAUUCCCCGAGCCCGCGUCACUUAGCUCGUCGCCAGGCGCCUCAGGAGUACCUCUCAGCCAUGGCCAAACAAUGAGCGGCGCCGCCGCAUCAGGGUCGUCGAGUGGACCUCACUCUACAACGACGUUAGCAGCGCUGAAUAAUCGGCUUCGGCGGCGCAACUCCCACGGCGGCACCUUCAGCGCCCUUCCUGGUCCCGCCGGCCCCAUACCCAAGAUCGGACCCCAAAGAUCAAGUAAGACGGCGCAGAAGCUCAAGCUCCUGCCCAACCCGGAGUUCGACGACGAAGGGCCUGACGAGGAGAGCGGAAGGGACGUGUACAGUCAAUAUACGCGUAUCAAGGACCCCAACGCGCGGAGAGAUGCUGCGAGACUGGGCAAAGCCGACAGAGAUAGACUGCCGAGAGUUACGGCAUACUGCACCGCCAAUAAAUACAUCAUGGAGGGAUUGAUGCGGUUUUUGAAGGGGAAGGCCAAAGCCAGGGGAAGUAAUCCUAAGUUGAUCGAUGAAUGCCUAUAUUCACCGUAUAACUAUGGCACUGGCAAGAGCGCAGAGAGGAGGGAAGCUGUAGAGGCCCGUAUUGAUCGGGAGGAGGAGCAGGAGAGGCAACAUCAACAGAUGGGCUACGAGGGAAGUCCGGUACAAAACUACGUGCGACGGAACUCGACAGGACAAUUCGACGCUUUACAAGAGGGGCUUCCGGCUACGGGCACGGGAGAAACAGAGGCGUACAGCAACGGGCGGGAUCUGCACAAUGACCUAGCCUACUCUUCGCACCGCAACGACAACGAGAGCGCAAUCCACGAUGAACCACCCCACGACGCAGACUUCGACACGCAAGUCCAUACGCCCGAGGUGUUCCUCUUCGACUACGGCGUCGUGGUCAUUUGGGGCAUGUCCCUAGUGCACGAGCAACGCUUCCUCAAGGAGAUUGCCAAGUUUGAAAGCGAGAAGCUGGACCCGGACGACGUCGAGACGGAGUGCUUCAACUUCUACUACACGCGGGAUUACCAGGCGAGGAUAUACAACGACUUCAUCACGCUGCGAGACAAGGGGAACUACAUGACGAAGCUGGCCAUAUCGCACGCUCUGGCGCAGAGUGUCAAGACUUCGCUCUUCGAGGAACUCAUAGCCUCCACCAUUGAGACCUGCAAAGACAUCCCGACGCAAAUUGCCUUAACGGGAAAAAUCGCCCUGAGCCGCAGCCAAAUCAACAUGCAGAUCGGUGAGCUCUUCAUUCUGCGCAUCAACAUCCACCUUAACGGCUCCGUCCUCGACACCCCUGAGCUCUUUUGGGUCGAGCCUCACCUCGAGCCGGUAUACCAGGCUGUGCGCAGCUAUCUUGAAAUGGACCAGCGCGUGGGCCUGUUGACGGAGAGAUUGGACGUCAUUGCCGACCUGCUGGCAGUACUGAAGGACCAGUUGUCCCAUGGUCACGGCGAGAUGUUGGAGUGGAUUGUCAUCGUUCUUAUCGCGGCCGAGAUCCUCGUUGCGGCCGUCAACAUCGUGGUUGAUUUGUACGCAGGUGUAGACUAAGGGGUUUCCAUCUUUCUUGGACGGUAAAGGGGCAUAGCUUGGAGUUUUUUCUUUUCAACAUUCUCCAGGUGACUACAGGACUUUUAUGGCCUGGGUGAAUUUAUACACUGUACACAGAGAUUUGUACACAGAAAUUAGUGUAUCAGUAUAUCUGGCAACGAAAAAAAUGCCAGAAAGGAAACCGAGCGCAGUUGGGCUGUCGAUCCCAGGAUCAGAUUGACCUGUUGUACAUAAUUAGACAGCAGACUUGAGGCUUCGCGACGCAGAAAAGGGAGAGCAUGUACACGGCAGGUUAGGUGCUGAAC